AACCAACCUGGGGCAAGGAGACAGAGAGAGGGGGAAGGGCAACUGGCCCCGGGGAUAAGGGGAGGGGAAGAGGGUACCCGGCCCCGGGGUAAGGCGGAAGAAGAGGGGUAACUGAGCAGGCCCAGGGAGGAGGACUAGUGGUGUUAGUUAUAGACUGGGGAGGUGCUGGGGGAAGUGAACGGGUACGAUGAUGGCAGGGAGUUACAGGGGCGGUUGCCUGGGGGCUUAAUUAGAUCAUGGUUUGGGAGCCUCCUGCUUGCGAAAGGUGGCCCUGAGACACCACCCACUGCAGUUCUGAGGGGGGUGUGCCGCACUGCCAGAGGGGCUGCCUCCUGGAUCAGACCCUUUAAAGAAAAAGCCUUGUACUACAGGGUUGAGUGCAAGAGGUUUUUGUUAAUCCACAAUCCAGUCUGGUUGUGCAACCUUCAAAAGGCAAUUUGAUGCGCACCUCUAACAGUGGUGGUGCGGGGAGAGAGACGAGACGAGGCAGGCAUGAGCUGCUAUAUAAAUGAAAGUGUGGGUUGGUUAGCAGAUUUGACUGCUGCUGUAUCAGCAGGUCAUCAGCUUGAUAACCACAAUCUAAUUCUGAGACAGCGUUGACUGCAGGGCGCCACACAUUAGAUUGUUUUGAGGUUAUGCCAUGGAUAUCGUACUGCAUUACACAGACUACUACUUCUUCACGCCAUAUGUGUACCCUAGUUCCUGGCCAGAGGAUGAAGCUGUACGCCAGAUAGUGAGCCUCCUAGUUGUAACAAAUUUGGGAGCUGCUGCUAUCUACCUCCUGUUCGGAAUGUUUAGCUACUAUUUCAUUUUUGAUCACACACUGAAGAAACAUCCACAGUAUUUGCCGAAUCAAGUGCAGCGGGAGAUAAAAUAUGCUUUGAAGUCAAUGCCAUGGAUGAGCAUUCCAACAGUGGCAUUAUUCUUUGCAGAGGUCCGAGGCUACAGCAAAUUGUACGACAAUAUCGAGGAUUCCCAUUAUGGUUGGUUUGGAGUAAUCUUCAGUAUGGUCUCCUUUCUGUUCUUCACGGACAUGUGUAUCUACUGGAUCCAUCGGUUUCUUCACCACAGGCUCCUCUAUAAGCGCUUACACAAGCCCCACCAUACCUGGAAGAUUGCAACGCCGUUUGCAAGUCACGCUUUUCAUCCUAUUGAUGGCUUCCUGCAGAGUAUCCCAUAUCAUAUCUAUCCAUUCCUGUUCCCGCUGCACAAACUGGCCUACCUGGGUCUUUACAUCUUUGUCAACAUCUGGACAGUGUCCAUUCACGAUGGGAAUUACAGAGUGCCUAAGAUCCUUGAGGAGGUCAUCAAUGGUGCAGCCCAUCACACUGACCACCACCUGUACUUUGACUACAAUUAUGGACAAUAUUUUACGCUCUGGGACAGAAUUGGAGGCUCCUACAAGUGCCCAUCCGCCUUCGAAGGCAAAGGACCACAUGACUACCUGAGAAAGUUGACAGCCGAGGGAAAGCUGUGUAGCUCUCCUUCCAAUGGCCAGGCAGCCACUGAAAAUGUCAAAGAGGAAUGAGCUACUCCCAUUCCCUACUUGCCCUUGCUUUGCUCCAGUGAAGCACUGUCAUCCCUGCCAAGAACAAUACAAUGAAUGUCAUUUAAUCCAGGCGUUGCUCAGUAUUCUAAUUGGCCCUAUUUUGUUACUACAAAUAGAAUCUAUCGGAAAUAGGUAGCAGUAACAGACAACCUGUUGCCUUGUCAAUGAGGGAAAUUCUAAUUUUACUAGCUGCUCACAGACUGGAAGUACUUUCUUUUUAUAAAGAAUUUACAAUACAAUAUUUGUUAGGGCCUCAAUCUAUUAAUGACCUGAAAGCUUUGUGAAUGCUGUUAUCUAGGGUCUGGGUGACUCUUGGUUAUCAUCUAGUUGUAAUUAUGUAUUAUAUUGUAAGAAUAGACUUGAUUGCUAAAAGAUCCCAUUUUAUUCUAACAAUUCUGAGCAAUUUUAAAACAGUUCUGUGUUGUACAGCCUUUGUGAAGUAAAAUCAUUGCCUAUCAUUUUUUUUCAAUCUCAAAGAUUCCCGUAUAGAUGAUACUUCAUUUCAUAUCUACAAUUGUGAACCAUUAUUGGAGCUUGGAUUCAUACCUUUAAUCGUCCUGUUUAUUGUUCACUGCCUACUUCACAUUGUCUUUUAUUUCUUGGAUUAUUCAAUGGAAUAUACAGUAAAAUGCAAAAAUGCUUUAA